ACCCAUUGUGCAGAAAACCUUCUCAAGGCAGAUACUUACCGGAAAUGGCGGGCAGCCAAGGCCGGCGAGAAGUCCAUCUCUGUGGUCUUACAGCUUCCUUGCUUGGAAAGCAGGCUGCAUAAUCCCUUCAACAGAGGAGACAGGAGACCGGAAGACUAUGCGUGGUCUGUAGCCCUGGCUGGAGAAGGAGGAGCAGAUCCACAGCGUGGACAUUGGGAACAAUGGCUCGGCCUUCGUAGAGGUGCUGGUGGGCAGCUCGGCCGGCGGGGCUGGUGAGCAAGACUAUGAGCCAUAACUGAACUGAAGACUUUGGGGCUCACACAUUGCUUGGUUUCUGCCCCUGAGAAACUGGAAGAACCAAGAAGGAAAAGGGAAAAGGGCAAUGGAGGGGUGAUCAAGAUUGAUGUCACCUACAAUUUGAACUCGAGGGACAUACUAGCAGGUGCUUCUGGUUACCUCAUCUUUCAUGUCCCCUUCCGAGAGCCGCAGUGGCUCAAACCCCAACCGUGUUCGAAUUUUUGGGCCUGACAAGCUGGUCCGGACAGCAGCUGAGAAGCACUGGGACCGGAUCAAAAUUGUGUGCAGCCAGCCCUACAGCAAGGACUCCCCCUAUGGCCUGAGUUUUAUACGGCUUCAUAGCCCUCCAGACAAAGAGGAGGCAGAGGUCCCAUCCCAGAAGGUGACAGUGACUAAGCUUGGCCAGUUCCGGGUGAAGGAGGAGGAUGAGAGCGCCAGCUCCCUGAGACCGGGGGCCCUUUUCUUCGGCAGGAUAAACAAGACAUCCCCAGCCAAAGCCAGUGACCCAGCAGGACCCAGCUAUGCAGCAGCUACACUCCAGGCCUCCACGUCUCCACUCUCCAAGGCUGUGGGCAGCACCACUAAGCCUCAGGAGUCUACCAAAGGGAAGAGGAAGUUGGAUUUGAAUGUAGAAGAAAGGAAGAUCCCCAGCAAACCGUCAGCCCAGCUCUCACCCCCUGCCCUCAAGAGACCCAAAUUGCCAGCUCCCACCCGUAACCCAGCUGCAGCCCCGGUCCCUGCCACAGCACAGAGAGCUGUACCAAGGAAGCCCCGGGGAGAGGGCACCGAGCCCAGGGGAGCCCAAGCCGGCCCACAGGAGCUGGGGAAGAUCCUUCAAGGUGUGGUGGUGGUGCUGAGCGGCUUCCAGAACCCCUUCCGCUCGGACCUCCGGGACAAGGCCCUGGAGCUGGGUGCCAAGUAUCGGCCAGACUGGACCCCGGACAGCACUCACCUCAUCUGCGCCUUUGCGAACACCCCCAAGUACAGCCAGGUCCUAGGCCUCGGAGGCCGCAUCGUGCGCAAAGAGUGGGUGCUGGACUGUUACCGCAUGCGGCGGCGGCUGCCCUCCCGGAGGUACCUCAUGGCAGGGCCCGACUCCAGCAGCGAGGAUGAGGUGGCCUCCCCCAGCGGCAGCAGUGGGGAUGAAGCCCCCAGCCUUCCAAGAAAGUGCCCCCAGACCAAAGUCAAGCCUCCCCUGGCAGCUGGAUCCAGCUCGCCCCAGAAGCCCCCAAGCCCAAAAGAGAUCAAAGCAGCCUCAGUAGGACCCCAGGAAAAUUCUGACACGGAGGAGCAGUCAGCAGGACGGGACAAUGGUGCGGAAGAGUCUGGGGACACUGAGGAUGAGCUGAGGAGGGUAGCCGAGCAGAGGGAGCACAGGCUGCCCCCUGGCCAGGAGGAGAACGGCGAGGACCCAUAUGCCGGCUCCACAGAUGAGAACACCGAUAACGAGGGUCACCCAGAGCUGCCUGAGGAGCCAAUUCCCGAGCUCCCAGACUUCUUCCAGGGCAAACACUUCUUCCUGUAUGGGGAGUUCCCCGGGGACGAGCGGCGGAAGCUCAUUCGAUACGUCACAGCCUUUAACGGGGAGCUAGAGGACUACAUGAGUGACCGAGUCCAGUUUGUGAUCACGGCACAGGAAUGGGACUCUAGCUUUGAGGAGGCCCUGAUGGACAACCCUUCCCUGGCAUUUGUCCGGCCCCGAUGGAUCUACAGUUGCAACGAGAAGCAGAAGUUGCUUCCCCACCAGCUCUACGGGGUGGUGCCGCAGGCCUGAACUGUGCACUGUGUACACGGUGCACACACACAAACGGAGUUUAAUAAAGGUGACUUGGUGUGGA